AUGUUCAGCACAGGCAACCCCGCCAAUGAGAAUGGAACCGUCAAAACGUCGUUCAUGUACGACUCCACAGGCUUGAUGGAUUGGUAUUCCGACACUAAUGGGGGCAGAGAUGUCGCUGUUGGACACAGAAGAAAGUCGACUCCUUCAGGGUUAGCCGCCCCAUCCAGCAUGUGUGGGUCUUUGAAGACAUUGUUGAGCUCGUUGAUCAGCGUCUUGCUGUGGAGCUCGAUAUUGUCACUUUCCUGGAGUUUCUGGAGCAAAGAGUGCCAUUUCUCCUUGAUUGUAGCAUCGAGGCCUGGUAAGUUCAUUUCCAAAGGAACACCAAGUUUUAUCUUGGCUCCAAGAGUCUCGUUACGGCUGCGCUGGGUCUCGCUGAUCGAAGUUGGAUCAGAGCUAUCAUGGUGGUCGAGCACUUUGAAAACAUUGCUCAAAAUGUCUAGGUUCUUGGACAUGAUACCGACAGUGUCCAAGGACUGA